UACAGCUGCUCCUCUCCUGUUUCUCCUCGCUCUCGUUCGCACUUCCUCCCUCCCUUUUCCUCUUUUUCCUCCCUCUCUCCCUUUCUCACUCUCUCUUUUUUCUCUACUGGGUCUUUUCCUUUCGUGUCUGCUUUCUUGGAAGAAGAAAAAAAGACACACAUGCAUCCUUCCAGCUCUGGAGUCAAGACACUUCUCUGGGAUCCAUCGCUUCUUCAGGCUCUAGAUCCCGCGCUUAUUACGGAUCUUUCCGUCUUUGGAUUGAGGGAGGGUCAUGCUCCCUGAGCCGAGCGGGAUUAUCAGGAUUUGGCCGGAGCGAUGUGGGGCCCCUUUCCGGAUGCCGGGAACGGCCAGCUGGACGCUCCGCGCCCGCUCAACUGGACCAUCAGAAAACUGUGUCAUGCUGCUUUCCUGCCUUCUGUACGCCUGCUGAAGGCUCAGAAAUCGUGGAUAGAACGAGCCUUCAGCAAGAGAGAAUGCGUGCACAUCAUCGUCAGCGCCAAAGACCCCCAUAGGUGCUGCUGUGGCCGUCUCAUUGGCCAGCACGUGGGCCUGCCCCCUAGCAUUUCAUCCAAUCAGAACGACAGAUCGGAACGUGCACUGAAGAGUGACAGCCUGCCUGAAAAAUGGUCCAUCAGCAAACACACACAGCUGAGUCCCACAGAUGCGUUCGGCACCAUUGAGUUCCAGGGAGGAGGUCACUCCAACAAAGCCAUGUAUGUGCGUGUGUCGUACGACACCAAAGCCGACCUGCUGCUGCACCUCAUGACUAAAGAGUGGCAGCUAGAGCUCCCCAAACUGCUCAUCUCUGUCCACGGCGGCUUGCAGAACUUCGAGCUGCAGCCCAAACUCAAGCAGGUGUUCGGCAAGGGUCUGAUCAAAGCCGCCAUGACCACGGGGGCCUGGAUCUUCACCGGCGGCGUCAACACGGGGGUAAUCAGACAUGUCGGUGAUUCUCUGAAGGACCACGCCUCCAAAUCUAGGGGCAAAAUCUGCACCAUUGGCAUCGCCCCCUGGGGCAUAGUGGAAAACCAGGAGGACCUUGUGGGCAAAGAUGUGGUCCGGCCGUACCAGACCAUGUCGAAUCCUAUGAGUAAACUGACCGUUCUGAACAGCCUACACUCGCACUUCAUCCUAGCUGACAACGGCACCACGGGCAAGUAUGGUGCCGAGGUUAAGCUUCGCCGGCAGCUGGAGAAACACAUCUCUCUGCAGAAGAUCAACACACGAAUCGGGCAGGGGGUGCCUGUAGUGGCGCUGAUCGUUGAAGGCGGCCCAAAUGUAAUCUCCAUCGUGCUGGAGUACCUGAGGGACACGCCGCCUGUGCCGGUGGUGGUGUGUGACGGCAGCGGCCGAGCGUCGGACAUCCUGGCAUUUGGUCACAAGUACUCAGAGGAGGGAGGGCUGAUAAACGAGUCUCUGCGGGACCAGCUGCUCGUUACCAUCCAGAAAACGUUCACGUAUAGCCGCACGCAGGCUCAGCACCUCUUCAUCAUCCUCAUGGAGUGUAUGAAGAAGAAAGAGCUGAUCACAGUGUUUCGGAUGGGUUCAGAGGGACACCAGGACAUUGAUCUGGCUAUUCUCACAGCUUUACUAAAAGGUGCCAAUGCAUCAGCCCCAGACCAGUUGAGCCUUGCCCUGGCCUGGAACCGUGUCGACAUUGCCCGUAGCCAGAUAUUCAUCUAUGGACAACAGUGGCCUGUGGGUUCCCUAGAGCAAGCCAUGCUAGAUGCCUUAGUGCUGGACCGUGUGGAUUUCGUGAAGCUGCUGAUUGAGAACGGUGUGAGCAUGCACCGGUUCCUCACACUCUCCCGGCUAGAGGAGCUCUACAACACGAGGCACGGACCAUCCAACACACUGUACCAUCUUGUCCGAGAUGUAAAAAAGGGUAACCUGCCACCUGACUACCGCAUCAGUCUGAUUGACAUUGGAUUAGUCAUUGAGUACCUAAUGGGCGGAGCCUACCGAUGCAACUACACAAGAAAAAGAUUCCGAACGCUCUACCAUAACUUGUUUGGGCCUAAAAGGCCAAAGGCCCUGAAGCUGCUUGGAAUGGAGGAUGACAUGCCAAUCCGGCGAGGGCGGCAGAAGACAACGAAGAAACGAGAGGAGGAGGUUGACAUCGAUCUGGAUGACCCUGAAAUCAACCACUUCCCUUUCCCCUUCCAUGAACUGAUGGUGUGGGCAGUGUUAAUGAAGAGACAGAAGAUGGCGCUGUUCUUCUGGCAGCAUGGCGAGGAGGCAAUGGCCAAGGCGUUGGUGGCAUGCAAGCUGUGCAAGGCCAUGGCUCAUGAAGCUUCAGAGAAUGACAUGGUCGAUGACAUCUCUCAGGAGCUCAACCACAACUCCAGGGAGUUUGGCCAGCUGGCGGUGGAGCUUCUGGACCAGUCCUACAAGCAGGAUGAGCAGAUGGCCAUGAAGCUGCUUACCUAUGAACUAAAGAACUGGAGCAAUGCCACCUGCUUGCAGCUGGCUGUAGCUGCCAAGCAUCGCGAUUUCAUUGCCCACACCUGCAGCCAGAUGUUGCUCACCGACAUGUGGAUGGGGCGGCUUCGCAUGCGCAAAAACUCUGGCCUUAAGGUGAUUCUGGGCCUAUUGCUGCCCCCAUCUAUCCUGAGUCUGGAGUUUAAGAACAAAGAUGAGAUGUCAUACAUGCCUCAGGAGCAGGAGGCCUACCUGCAGGAGAAGGAUUCGGAUGAGGCUGACAAGCCAGCCAAGGACAAGGACGAGGAGGACAUGGAGUUCACCGUAAGAGCAUACUGUGAGGCGCAGUACAACUCCGUGGCUAUGCUGGGGAACGUGAGCUCAGAAGUGUCUAGGAAAAAGGUAGUGGAAGAGGCCCAGAAUCGGCAUCGCCUAAUUCCAGUGGGACGCAAGAUCUAUGAGUUUUACAAUGCCCCCAUUGUCAAGUUCUGGUUCCAUACGAUGGCCUAUGUGGGCUACCUAAUGCUCUUCAACUACAUCGUGCUGGUAAAAAUGGACCUCUGGCCUUCUCCUCAGGAGUGGAUCGUGAUCGCCUACAUUUUCACCAACGGCAUCGAGAAGAUGAGGGAGAUCCUGAUGUCAGAACCUGGCAAACUCUUACAGAAAGUUAAAGUAUGGCUGCAGGAGUACUGGAACAUCACAGACCUCAUGGCUAUCCUUAUCUUCUCCAUCGGCAUGGUGCUGCGUCUCCAGGAGCCGCCGCUCAUGAGCUACGGUCGAGUCAUAUACUGCGUCAAUAUCAUCUACUGGUACAUACGCCUGCUUGACAUCUUCGGGGUAAACAAAUACCUCGGACCCUAUGUAAUGAUGAUUGGCAAGAUGAUGAUUGACAUGAUGUAUUUUGUCAUCAUCAUGUUGGUGGUGUUGAUGAGUUUCGGUGUGGCACGUCAAGCCAUUCUGAACCCUAAUGAGGAUCCAUCAUGGAUGCUGGCUCGCAAUAUUUUCUUCAUGCCCUAUUGGAUGAUCUAUGGCGAAGUCUUUGCUGACCAAAUUGACCCACCAUGUGGGCAGAACAUUACAACGGAGGACGGUGUUAUUGUGCCCCUGCCACCCUGUAAGACUGGCGCGUGGAUUGUGCCUGCCAUCAUGGCCUGCUACCUGCUGGUGGCCAACAUUCUUCUGGUCAAUCUCCUCAUUGCUGUAUUCAACAACACAUUCUUCGAAGUGAAGUCCAUCUCCAACCAGGUGUGGAAAUUUCAGCGCUAUCAGCUUAUUAUGACAUUUCAUGAGCGCCCCGUUCUUCCUCCUCCCCUUAUCAUCUUCAGUCACAUGACCAUGGUCCUCAAGCACCUGUGCUGUCGCUGGAGGAAGCAUGAUGAUGAUGAACGAGACUUUGGAUUAAAGCUCUUCAUCACAGAAGAUGAGCUAAAGAAAGUCCAUGAUUUUGAAGAGCAAUGCAUCGAAGAAUACUUCAGAGAAAAGGAUGAUCGCUUCAACUCUUCCAACGAUGAAAGAAUCAGAUGCACAUCUGAAAGGGUGGAAAACAUGGCAAUGAGGCUGGAAGAGGUAAAUGAGCGGGAGCACUUCAUGAAGGCCUCCCUCCAGACAGUGGACAUCCGGCUGGCACAGAUGGAGGAGCUGAUUAGCCGCAUGGCCACAGCUCUGGAGAGGGUUACAGGUGUGGAGAGGACAGAGGUGAACAAGGCACGUUCGAGAACAUCGUCAGAUUGCACUGACACUAACUAUAUCCUCCGUCAGAGUAGUUUUAACAGUCAGGAGGGGAACACCUAUCGGCUGCAAGAGUCCAUAGAACAGGGUGGGGAGGAGUCCAUUUCACCAACCUCACCCACUGCACUGGCACCAAGGGUAAGGAGCCAUUCCUUCUACAUGGGCCACUCAUCCCGGGACAAGUGUGGGACUGACCGAGUUGAGGGAUUCUUCAAGGAGCGUUCUUUGAGCUUACACCGUGCCAAUAGCUCACAAUCAGUGGCAUCAGGAGCUGCCCCAAAAGAGUGCAAACCUGCUCCUCUGAACACACUGUCUGUACAACAACAGCACCGACCCUCAUCUUGCAUUGAUAUAUAUGUGUCCACAACAGAGGAGGCACAGCCCCAAGAGACCUUCCUGGAACCAAUUCGCAUGGCUCAGACUCUUGCUCGGGACCCAUCUCUUCAUUCCGAGAUUAUGGAGGCAAUGCUGUCUGGGGAACGGGACUACGCUGGUAGGGCAGGCGUCAGUGAAAGACAGCCAGAUGGCACUGUCCUAUUUGAGGACAGCGCAGCUGCCGACCUGUCACUGUGCACCACCCACUUACCGCCAGAUGCCCUGCCUCCGUGGGACACGGACCCAUCACCUCCACCCUCUGCAGGCAUCCUUGAGCGCUCCAAGAGCAGUCGCUUUUUAUCGGCAGCUGGACCUUUGUUCUUGGAUGAGCCACCAAUAGUUAAAUCCCAUAGUCUGAUGUUCAUGCCACGCACCUACUAUGGUGGCAUAGGUAUGCAAGUAAAGGCAGCUGAGUACACCAGCAUUACAGACUGCAUUGACACACGCUUUGUUUCAACGUCAUACCCAGUGCCCGAGCGCUCGGAUUCACCUGGGGGCUCAUUCACUUUUGAGAAGCCCCAGGAAUUGUGUGCCUCCCACCCAGAGCGUGAUGCUGAGCUGAGCCAUGCUGAAUCUGACCCUGAGGAGACCACCGAGGGCUCAGAUGCAACCAGCAAGCCCUGUUCCAGUGGAGGUGGUGGUAUGGGGGUUGAUUUGGCCCUGGGCUUAGCCCUUGGCCCGUUCUGUUCACCAGCCUCUCGACUGGAACGUGCCAAUAGUUGCUCAUCAUCGGAGGACUCCCAUUCCAAUGUAUAUGCCCGAAAGAGCUUCUCCAUCAGUGAACGCAUGGACAAGGGCCGUGCCAGGAACCCAUUCCAGAGAAGCAAGUCUGGUAUGAGGCCUGACAGCAAGACAGACACACUCUCCUUGAGGCGACUGGCUAAGCCGUCUGCCUUUCAAAGCUUUGACGGCAGGCAUAACUACACGUGAUGAUGGAGGAGAUUAAAGAGUAAGGCCAGACACCGUCAUGGAUCUACUGUAGUAUGCAUAGGAUGGAAAAGGAAGCUUAAAACUUGUUUGAUGUCCAAAGGCCCAUCCGUCAAGCAGUUAGCACUGUCUGGGUGAAUUAUGUGCUCGACAUUGUAAUGAACUGGUUAGCAACUUAGCACACUAUGUCACCUUUAGCACCAUAGUACUAAUCUGAAUUACAAUAUUGCCAUUUGGCAAAAAAAAAAAAAUAGUUUGCAGCUCUUUUGAACUGGUAAUGCCUAAUGUUCUUUCUUUUCUGUGACUUCAGGUGGAAAUAGAAUAGGAGAAUAUGUAUCCAGUGAGCAGACUUGAAAUAUAUAGACAGAGGGUAUUACCAUUAACAAGUAGGCUAGCAAGCCAUGUUUUAAAUAUGUUAAGUUCCCCUCGCUAUGCUUUAACUAUCCCAAAACCAUUUGUCCUAAGCCUUUAAGUUUGUCCGUCCAUGUUACGCUCAUGUUACCAAUGUAGGGGUCAUGAGUUUAAAUCCAAAUCGAAUAAAAACACAAAGGGAAAUAUUUUUAAAAUCCAGACAGGUGUGAAAAGACAUUCAACAUUUAUUGUACAUAAUUAGCUUUAUCUUUUAUCUUGGACACACAUGCAUAGAUGUGCUUAUUAUACUAAAAAAAAAAAAAGAAAGAAAGAAAGAAAAUGCACAGAUAUUUUCUCAGAUAUCUAUUGUAGAUUUAAAAACAAAAAAAGCUUUUAUCAUAAAAAUAUACAUUUUAUUAAACCCAUAAGACAUUCGCUUUUAGAUACCCAUGUGGUGCAAGUGCAACCAGUGCUUUCCCAAUGUAUAUUUGUAGGACUUGAAGGACCUACCCCAACUUCAUUUCAUGUUGUUCACAAUAUUUCUUGGUCGCAUGAGUCUGUCUGGCACACGGUCCAAUUAAACACAGUCUCACGUGUUCAUAUAUGACGGGAUAUUAAACGAAAAAGGGUUUGCCUUCAUUAAAACAUUUUCUACAUCUCAAAUCAAUCAGACAACAGUGUAAUAAUCAUGUGGCUUAUAAGUUUUGUUUUGUUUUGUUUCCUGAAACUGAGCUGAUGAGAUUACGUUUUAAGUUUUAGUUGUUAGAGAACCAAGUAAUCGCAAGCAGGAUCACAAAGGAAUCACAAAAUGGACCUGAUUGGUGGUUGAUGUUGUACUCACUAACAAGUUUAUCGAUGUAGACUUGCUAUGCAAGAGGCAAGAGGCCAGGGCAGCAGAGGACAGGGAGUGGUUCUUAUGCACUUUAGAACGUUGAUUUCAGGUACGUGUGUGCGUGUGCAUGUGAGUGUGUGUGCGAGAAAACAAUGGAUUUCAGCCCCACUGAGAGAUUUAAAUCAUAUAUUCCAAAUCAUUAUACAAGUAUUAGGGUCAUUACAGUGUAUUACUACAUGGAUGUACUAGCGUUCAUAAAUUAUUCUACAUAAUGAUUAACUUUACUGGUAAUGAUAACAUAGAUUGAUUUUGAGUAAUUGAAAUGGGUUUUAAUUAACUAAAUCUAACUUAUUUAUGGGUUUUAUUUAAAGAAAGACAUUAUUUAAAGAAUUAUGUUAUUUCACAAUGAACAUAUUAUUUCAUGGUCCAAAAGAAACAUUGGCAAUCCGCAGAUUGAGAACUAUCAUUUUGAAACAUAAAUGCAAUACAAUCUAAAAUAAAAAUGUUAUUAGAUUCAUCAGUCAGCUGAAAUAAAGAUAUUGAAAGGGAUAAUAUGCUCAUCUGUGUCACAUCCACCUCUACCAUCAACCUUGCUUCUUUUGCCUUACUCGUGCAACAGCAGCAAGGGGUUCUAAUAUACAGUCUCUACUACAGGGUUAAAAUGUAGUCAUGGAAGCCUUGUGUAUAAUGUUAUAUAAGAAAUACAUGUAAAGUGCAUAAUCAGAUCACUGUGUUUUUUUUAUAAACAUGCAUCGCAUUGGAUCACAUCACAAUCGUGUGGCAAUUCUUCCAGUGACAAUCUUUACAUACAGUAACAAAGACAAAUUAUAAAUAAUAAUAAAUCAUUUUAUUGUAUAUGUGUUAACUCUUACCACAUCCCUACUAUCAAUGAACAUUAAACUUGUUGUUGGGCUGGUUCCAUCAAAGGUAAAGUCCAUUUUACUUUCUUGGCGUUUCACCCUUUUGUAACUCUACAGGAUGCAUGAUACAUUCACACCAUCCUGCUGGCAUCAGUCAAACUGUAAAUGAAUGGACGACAGACGAGAAGCUUAUCCAAGACACAUGGAUAGCAUUUUUUUUUUUUUAAAGCUACAGUACUAUGCAAAAGUCUUGAGCCUGCUGUCAGUUCUUCCUAGUUCGCUUCCAAACAGACAGACUUUCUUGUAUAUUUGAUUAAUUCUUGAGGGAUAGUUCUCCAGUUUGUAUUUUUUAAGCCACACAGUGACCUAUGAAUCAAUCAAGCAUUAAAACACAGCUAUCUUAAGGCAUGAGCCAGUGAGAAACAGGUGCAGAAGAUGACAGAUGAUCAGGCCGGUGAUUAGUAUACUGCUGAUGCUAAAUGCUGAGUGGUUGGAACAGACGAGAGGGGAAAUGAGAUUGCUGCUGAGGUUGUUAUAUAAAGAAACAAAUUUUAAAUUAUAGCUUUAGGCACUUUGCAGCCUGUCACAGUAAAACAUUUGCUCCUGUUACUUUAAUUCCAUCAUAAUAAUAAUUUAACUUGAAGAAAUGAGGGGUGGCUUAAGACUUUUGUACAGCACUGUACAUCAGCAUACCUCAAUACCAAACAGGAAUUUUCUCGCAAUUUUCUAAGAAAUUUUAGGCUUUCAGUUUAAAGAUAACAAAAGUGUUCAGUCCAGAAAGGUUGGAUUUUUUUAUUUAUUUUUUUUGUCUGGGAUGAGUCAAAUAUAGAAACUUGCCAUCUAGACAAAAGCUUGCAAUGACAUUUUGGACUUUUUCCUAAUGAACAUUUCCCUGGCAGCUGUUGCUGGUUAUGUUGGCACUGUAUCAUGGACAUGAUACACCGACUCCUCCAUUAUUAAACCUGGGGUUAAGUGUAAUUCCCUCCAGCACAUGGUGUGAUUGUACACAUGGCCAGCUUGGCACAGCAAGGCCUUUUGACUGGGACCAGACGUUUCAGCUAAACAUAGUUGUUUAAUGUCCUAAAAUAUAAGUGAGCAUCACUUAAGCACCUGGUUGUCACAUGUAAAAGUUCUGUAUGUGUUCCAUAAACGUUGCUGUAGUUGUUCUAAUCAGUAAGGAACCAAACAGGGCGAAAGACAUGCUUCGUGCCAAAUCGAUGAAGAAACGUCAUGUGAAGUAUUUUCUUAAAGUUUUUUUUUCUCCUAUACUGUAGCAUUAGAAGUUGAGUUAUACUCCACAAUUCCCUGCCUCCAUCCUCUUCUUUUUACUUUUAUCUAAGAGCACUUGUAUGCUAAUGAGUCCAAGCACAUAUUUUUAUUUUUCAUGCAAUAAUAUUGUAAUUUUAUCCAAGGGGGUCAUAGUUAAUUUUGUGUCCUAAAUAAAAAACUAAUAAUUGCAUGUCGUUCUUCCAUGAGGAUGUAAAAUGAAUUCUGGGGGAAUGAGAGAAAAUUGGUGAGACUGAGAUGAGUUCUGUCCUCCCACUGUAGUAGGCUAAGUAUUUGGAUGCAAAUACAAACAUGUAUUCUGUAAUAUUCCUCAAUGUGAAUAGGAUGUUUGGCAUGUAUUAUUAAAUAAAUGAAUAUUUAAGUGAAUUAGCCCUGGAUUCACUUGUUCUUCUUUGGCAGUUUUGUAGCAUAUGACACAUUUAAAUAUUAAUAUACUUCUGGUGUAUCCUCCCUUAAGGUGUUUUGGAUGGACCUCAAUGAGUAGUUACUGAUUGGUCAUUUAUAUAGUUUAAAUGGAAAACAGGACUAAGGUCUUUAAUAAACUGAAAUUAAAGAUAAUGUCUAAACACUUUAAUCACCUUUUUUUCACAUUUAAAGUAUUUGCCAAAAAAAUGUGCUAGAGUUUAAAAAGAAGAAAAGAAAUAAAAAAAAACAUGUUUACUACUUUUAUGCAUGUGCCCAAGUAUUAAAAGUCAAAUACGUGUUUUUAAGUGAUGGAACUUAAAAAGUAAUGUUUUUGUGUUUAAAAAUAGUUGAUUAAUUACCCAAAUCUGUUAUAAAUUGUUUUGUUUUUUCAUUUUGAGACAUAGUUUAUUCUGUAAGUUUGCUUUUCAUGGGCGUUAAUCACUAUUAUCUGGUUUCAAAUCAACAUUACACUAUUUCACUUGCGCUCUGCAGUGACGUAAUUCAUCCUGUAGAUGGCACUGUUAAGUCACUUAAUUGCUGGCGCGUUAAAGGGUGAUUGAUUGAUUGA